AUGAGAUGCCGUGAGCUGAAGGUUGAGAUGAGUAGGAUCGAGUCCAAGGUUGAGAGGUGUUUUCUUGGAUUGAAGGAUGAAACAAAUCAUCCAGAGUUAAAAUUCAAGUUUAGGUUUCAGAAUCGAAGGGGUCGAGCCAAGUUGUACCCCUUGAUAUCGAAGUGCGGCUACAUAGGACGAUUGGAGAUUCAGCCUUUCAUCUCAAAUUCUGGCAAAGCUCUGAAGCUUGAAAACUUCCCAGGUGGGUCUGAAACAUUUGAAACAGUUCUUAAGUUCUGUUAUGGCCUCCUAGUAGACUUCAGCCCAGAUAACAUAGCUGCACUAAGAUGUGCAUCAGAGUUCCUAGAGAUGACCAAAGAACUAGAAGAUGGAAAUCUAAUUUCCAAGACUGAAGCUUUCCUCACCUUUGUUGUGCUUUCUUCAUGGAAAGACACUAUCACUGUUCUGAAAUCUUGUGAAAACCUAUCUCCAUGGGCUGAAAACCUCCAAAUUGUAAGAAGAUGUUGCGACUCCAUUGCGUGGAAGGCUUCUAAAGAUGAUCACACAAGUGAGGAUGCAGCGCCAAAUCAAGAAAGCUGGUGGUUCAAUGAUGUGGCCACCUUCCGCAUUGAUCAUUUUAUAAGAAUCAUUUCUGCAAUAAGGGCAAAAGGAACCAGAGCAGAGAUCAUCGGUAAGUGUAUCAUAGAAUAUGCCAAGAAAUGGCUGCCAGGAAUGGAUGUGGAGAUAGAAGGGCUAAGAGGAUAUGGGCAUGAAAAGUAUAACCUAUAG